UCUAUGGUCGAUGGCCUUGACUGAACAUCUGAUUUUGCAGAGCAGUGUACUUAAUCAGACUCGAGAGUAAAAAUAAUCAAACGUUAAAAAGGAUCGUUGAAGCCGGGCACCGCUUUAAUGGAGUCAAUGAGAAUUCUAGACAACUCAUUAGCGCGGCGUUUGCCGUUUUCGUAAUCGCUAAUGCUCAGGGCACGUGCGUGUUAUAGUUAAAUUUCCAUAUAGGCCCGAAAAGUUGAGGGGCCCCCGGUUUUCAGUCAACGUUAACCUUGACAGAAGAAUUUCGCGACAUCGCAAUUGAACGUCGGUUGGGUUUGGUGGUGUUGGUAGUGGUGGUGACAAGUGUUUCAUACGAGUUUUUUUUUUUUUUUUUUUUCCGCUUCUAAAAUAUCUCAAAGUGUUUCGUUAGCCGUUUUCGUCGUAUAGGCGAAACGGAGCGCGAACUAUAAUAUCAAAAAAGUGGUCACGGUGGAUGAACCUAACCUAAAAUGCGAGCGGCGAUCGCCGAUAUCGUCGUAAUAUUUAGCAUCUAUCUUUUGUCCUGGCGAUGUGUCAAUGUUGUCGCCAGCGGCGGAGCACUCGAUUCAACAUCCAGUUAUUAUGCUGGACCAACACAUACACCAACGUCGAAGCUGUCUUCGUUUUCGACAAGCCUCUCAGAAGGACUCGCUCAGGCCGUAGCCUAUGAAUCUGGCACUGAAACUUGUAACGAUGACCUCGGGUGCCUUACGAUGGCCUCCAAUGAUCGACUAGGCUUGGAAGCUAUCAAAACUCUUCACAGUCAACUAGACGACGAUGCCAAUGGAAAUGUCGAUCUUUCAGAAUCGGAUGAUUUUUUAAGAGAAGAACUACAAUAUGAAGCGGGUUACGAAAGAAGGCAAAGGGCCUUCCAUCACAAUGAUGAUAUGCAAAUCAGUGUUCGAGAAUUGUGGGAAGCUUGGCUCAAAUCUGAGGUUCAUAAUUGGACGAUUGAACAAACUUCCGAAUGGCUAAAAACAAACGUCGAGCUUCCUCAGUAUGUUUCUAACUUUAUCCAGCACCGUGUAACAGGUGCUACUCUUCCCAGAUUGGCUGUGAAUAACAUGCACUAUCUUAGCAAUGUAUUAGGGGUCAAGGAUCCAAUUCAUAAGCAAAAAAUUGCCCUUAAAGCAAUGGAUGUUGUAUUAUUUGGUCCUCCAAAAGAUUCAGGUCACAAUGUUAAAGAUUUAGUGUUAAUUACACUUUUAUUUGGUGCGCUAAUUGGUUGUUGGUACGCGUAUCAACAAAAAAAGAAUUCACAGAAACACCUACAUAGAAUGAUGAAGGAUAUGGAGAGUCUACAUAAAGCAGAAAUUGCUCUCGAAGAUCUUCAGAAAGAACUUGAGAGAGCGCGAGUGGAACAAGAAAGUGCAACAGCGGAAAAACAAAAUUUGGAAAAGAGAUUAAAAGACGAAAGUAUGGGACUUCAUACCUCGUACUCGGAUCUCGAAGUUUCGCAACUUAAAGCAGAAAUUGAAAUGUUAAAAAUGGAAUUACAACGUGCUGAAGGUGAACUCGAGGAUCGUUGUUGGUCGCCGCCGGUUGGCCUGCAGCAUUGGUUGCAGAUGACGCAUGAAAUCGAAAACAAAGCUUAUACCAAGAAGAAAAUAAGCGCCGAAAAGCAACUUCAAAAUGCAAGAGAAGCUUGCGAAAAAUUGAGAAAAAAGAGAUCGAGUUUGGUCGGUGCAUUUGUUUCAACGCACGGGAAAUCGAUCGAUGAGGUUGACAAAAGUAUCGUUGAAGCGAGAACAGCACUCAAUGAGGUCACCGCAGAAUUACAAGAACGCGUUCAUCGUUGGAAGCAAAUUGAAAUUUUAUGCGGAUUCAAUAUAAUCAACAAUAGCGGUCUCAGUUAUCUCGAGAAUAUUUUAUACCGAGGAGCGCCCAAUGGAAGAGGACUUGGCCUCAGGGGUCGAUUGAGUAGCCAAGAUGACUUAGAUGACGAUACAAGUUCACUUUAUUCUCCGUCUACCUCAGGCGCAGGUUUAAUGGAGAAUGUGACUUGGAAGGAAUCAUCAAUUCCACCUGAUUCGUCGAGCAGUGAAACUGGUAAGGAAACACCACCUGAAGUGGUGCAAUUCACAGUUGGCGAAAGCAGUGAGGAAUCAAUCAAGGAACGUGGCAAUCUCCGUGAGAAGAGCAAUAAUAAUAGUAAUAAUAGUAGUAAUAGUAGUAGUAAUAUGGUGCGUUCCUUUAGUCAAGACACCAAUAUGAUUUACACCGAUGACAUUAAGUCUACCUCAUCAUUCCUUUCGAAAACUUCCUUUUCCGAGAAUGCCCUCGACAUAACUGAUAAGGCAAAUCGUAUUGCCGUGAGUAAAAAACCCCUAAGGGAUUUGCCAACUCUUAUGUCCGUCGAUGAUGAGACACUAUCAACGGAUUCAAAUUCCACAGCGGAUAAUGAUGAGCAAAAACGCAGGCGUAGAAAGCUCCAUUUUCCCGCUUUUAGAAAGAACAAGUCUAAACUUUCGUGAUGCCUACUAGUCACUUAAGUUUUAAUCAAGUCUUCUUCUUUGUAAACUUAAAAAAAAAAAAUAUAUAUAUAUAAAAUAAAACCCGAAACAAAACUUUGGAUAAGAAAAUAAAUGAGAUUUAUAAUUCUCAACAAUUUCUCUAAGAUUUUUUUCAAAUUUUUUAUUUAAUUUGUACUUUAGGAAUAUUUAAGACCAACGCAGAAUAGAAAUGUAAUCGGAAUCGUAACCGCAAAUGCAAUCGGAAUAAUGAGUUAGAGAUGGACAAACUCUAUCCUUCUCUAACUCAUUAUUCCGGGUGCGUUUGCAAUUACGAUUCCAGUUAUGUUUCUAUUCUGCUCAGGUCUUUAAUGGUGGAGGCCCUAACAUAACCUCAAAACUGAAAAAUCAAUUUAAUGUAAACAAAAAUUUAAUAAAAAUUAAUUUUAAACAAUUUUACAAGAUCUAGUUUAUACACUUUUUGGAAAGAAUUAGGUUGAAUUAAAUUAUCUUUCUUUCUAAAAUUGUUUAAAAUUAUUAAAUUUUUGUUUGCGUUAAAAAUCGUUUUUCAGUUUUAAGGUUAUGUUAUUUUAAAAAAUAAAAAUUUUAUUUUUUUAUUUUCAAAGAAAAAUUUUUUAAAAGUGUUUUAAUGAAAUAUAUGGAAGAUUAACAUUUUUUAUAGCAUUGAGAAGUGCUUUAAAUAACUUUAAAAUUUAUAACAGCUUUUUCCAUUCCCGUUGCCAUGGUAACAAUUACCAUAGCAACUGUUGCUAGGGUAACGAUCACCGUAGCAAUCGUUGCUAUAGCAACUGUUUCCUUAGUCACAGUUGCUAUGGUAAUUGUUUUCAUAGCAACAGUUGCUACGGUAACCGUUACUCUAGCAACGGUUGCCAUAACAAUAAAAAGCAACUAUCAAAUUUUAGGUUAUGUUCUCUUAAUCGUUUUUUACUUUGCUAGACAAAUUUUAAUUCCAUCUAAAUGCAACUUUUAUUAGUUCAAAUUGUUAAAAAAAAAAAGAAAAUUGACAAACUUUUCAUUCAAACACUUUUUUUUUAUUGAUAAUUAUUUCUUUUAAUCUAAUGAAACGAAAAUAUUUUCUUUUUACUAUUGUUCGUGCAGUUUUAAAAUUCUCGGUGCUUAAUUUACGUGUAUAAUUAUUUAUUUUUAUUUAUAACUUUUUUAUUAUUAUUAUUUUAAAUAUUAUUAAACGUCAUAA